GAAUUCAAAAAGAAAGAAUGGUAAUAAGUUAUAAAACUGUGAGAAAACACAGGGGAAAAAAUAAACUAAAUGUGAAUGCGAUACAGAAUUAAUGAAUUUAGUGGCAAAACUAGAAAAGGGAGUAAUGUAAAAUUGCCUAAGUGGAUAGAUGUAAACGUGAAAAUAACUUCUAUAAAUUGGAAAAGAUGGCUAAAAUUGUGAUGUUACUAAAAUAUGUGAUGUGGAUAUGGUGUGAGAUAGAAGCGGCUGGUGUUGAGGUGUGAAAUGUGAAAUAGAACAUGUUGAGAAAGAUAACUGUAUAUUACUGGAAGGCAAAGCGAUAAAGAAGACUAAUAAUGAAAAAGGACAAAAAAAAGGAAUUGAAUCAAAAUUUGAAAAAAAAAAAACAAUUUGAAAGACAAAGGUGAAAAAGCAUGCUUGAAAGGUGAGGUUUGGUAUUAUGUAUAACUGAACUGCAUGCAAGAUAACUUGAGAAAAUUACCUGAUUACUGGGGUAGUAAUAUGAAAUGCAUGUUUGUGUCGGUGGUGGAGUACCUGUGAAGUCCCGAAUAACGAGGUUUUGUAGUCUCAUAAAGUUUAAUGUACAUUUGAAAAGGAGGAAGCAUCUUGGAGACAACUGAUAUGAGCUUCCAUCAAUGUUUUAGAGGAUAAGGUAAAGAAGAUUACCUGUUUGUACUGGUAGCUUUCUUCCCGGUCAAGUGCAUGAGACCGUGUUUGUAUCGCCCAUUGUGGCUGCUCUGGUUUGUAUGUGGACAUUCUGAUAAAAGAAAGGCAGUUGAAGGUGGUGUUUGUUUCUGGAUAUAGGUUCUGAAUCUGAUCUAGAUUCUGAAUAAUUGGCGCUCAACAUUGAAGACCUUUCUAACAGUCUUGGUCUAGGUAGGCAACCUUCGCCACUCCAAAUGUUGUAGACUACAUCUCUCCUGAUGCUUUGCCAGCACUACGGCUGUAAGAGCAUUUAGAGAGGUGUAUACCAUGACAUUGGGAGUUCCAAAGGUUGCCAACCCAUGGUCUAUCUGUGUGUGAAUUUUUGCCAAUCUCAUGUCAAACAUAUGUAUGCUUGAUGAUUUCCAUAGACCCAGUUCACUUUUCAUUCUCAUAUUUAGUGAUCUCUUCUUGUAACCAAAUCAGGUGAUGAAGGGAAUAUAAGACAAGAUGUAAAAUAGAUCUCACAACCUGUAGAAGCCAAUUUUCUACCUCUUCCAAGGGUUCUUAGCUGAAGAGGAUGGGGGCUGCCACAGACUCUUUUAUUAUAACUGCUACAAUAAGCUGUAGUAGUUAUGGUGCUUAUAAUUCCCCUUUAUUAUUAUUAUUUUAUUUACCUAAUGUGCAUCAUUUAAAAUUUUACUUACCCCCGAACCUCCGUUAAUAUUUUGAAUCUGUUUUAUUUUUUUUUGCAUAUGUUAUGUGACACCUGGGUUGUAUAUUUUUUUUUUUUUUAAAUACACGAAGGUGGAUAAACUGUGCUUUUUACUCAGGUGAAGAAAGAAUAUUAACACCUGUAGGUUAUUCGUGUCCUGGGUGUUUUGUGUUUUAAUUUACUGUAUUUUAUUACUUUAUAUUAAAUCACAAACCAUAAACAAAUAUAAAACAAUGGUUUACAGUGUUAAAAGAAAACUUGGGUGCAGCUUUAUUAUGAAUGAUAGAUAGCAUUCUGUUGCUUACAAAUACUCAGUUUGACCUUUUCUGAAUUGUGGAUGCCACCCACUGCAUUCCUAACCAUGACAUGGUGUCAAAGAUCACUAUGGGAUAGGCCUAUUAUGCAUCUAUAUCCGUGUUGUCCAACAUUGGUUCUUUACCCUUGGUGGACUACAUCUCCAAGACUUCUCAGGAAUUCUGGGAAAUAAAUAUCCAGCAGCAGCUUCACUGCAAGUUUGGACAUGUCACUAAAUAUACCUAUGGCUCAUUUAUUUUCUUCGCAUUACAACCAGGCAAUUGCUUUGACUCUGUUCCUGUAGUGCAUAUUAUAUAGAUGCAUCUCUACAAAGAUGGCGUUAGAUACUUAGAGACAAUAAAACAAAGAUAAUUAUUUACUAAAUAAUUUAAUUGCUAUUUAGUAAAUAGCUCAAUUUAGUGACUUGGUAACUGAAUUGCAAAACUUUGGCAACUGUAACUGAUUUGGAGAAAAAAAUGAAACUACCCAUCUAUAGCUACGGUUUGGCAAUUUAGCCUUCAUUUUGCAGUUCACGUUUUAUAUCCAUACCAAAAGUCCUGGAUUGGUAGGGCAGUCAAAUUUGAUGCUUCUGUCUCGCUGCCUGCAUUAAAGGGACGCUAGAGUCACCAAAUCAACUUUAGCUUAAUGAAGCAGUUUUGGUGUAUGGAUCAUGCCCCUGCAGUCUCACUGCUCAAUUAUCGGCUAUUUAGGAGUUAAAUCACUUUGUUCAUGCAGCUCUAGUCACACCUCCCUACAUGUGACUUUCACCGCCUUCCUAAACAUGUCCUGUAAAUAGGUCUAAAGGUUAAAGGGACACUGUUGGCACCCAGACCACUUUAUCUCAUUGAAGUGGCUGAUGCAGUGUCACUGCCCCCCUUAGUCCUGCAAUGUAACUUAUAGCAGUUUUCUGGACUACGACUGCCUCUAAUGGCUCUCAAUCAGACAGCUAAUAGUGGCGCUUCCUGGUUGCUAAUGGACUUUUGAUUGCCUAACUGACACGUCAGUAGAAUCACCUUAGCAAAGCUUAGAAGCAAUGCUUUCCUAAGGGGAGGGGCUAAUGCGCUUGCAGCAAUCAUCACAGAUGCGCUUUAGCCCCCUCUGUCAGAUGAUGGAGGAGGAGGCCGCACGCCAACCCAGCGCAGGUAUCGAUGCUGGAAUAGGGUAAGUGACUAAAUGUUUUUUUACCCUUUAUCUGCCGGAGCAGGCUGGCAUGAGGGAGGGGAACUAGAGAAUCCUUUUAAACUUCCUUUUAAUCAGCACAGGGUGAAUGCAUCAUUAGACGUGCACGUACUAUCAAAACUGAACUCAAGGCAUUGUGCUCAUAUAAGAGCACUUUAACAGCACUCUGUGAAAGGGUUAAUGUUGUAAUGGACUCUAAUCCCCUCGGUUCUCGAUCCCUCGGUCACCAUAAUCAACGUUGAUGGAGAAUCAUUUGUAAGCAAUAACACACGGACAACCGCUUUACAAGACUCUCAAAUGAGUGUAUUCCAGAGCUGGCUUUUAUACAUAGUUUGCUUACAUUAGCCAUGGUAUAUGCAAAUACAGUACAGACUAUAAGAUUUAUUACUUCCUUAUAUUACGUUAUUCUGACAAUGGAAAGAUAAGCUUUUGCAUACGUCUGGAAAAGAAUAUCCUUAAAAUCGGAAUGGGCAAGACAUCCUGAAAUUUAGCAUUGUCUUACAUCCUAUAGAAGAAAUACCUUAGUCUGUCACAGUCAGCAUAUUGACUUUAAGUAUUCAAUAUCCCUUCAGUCAGCAAUAAUCAUGUUAUAAACCUUAUAAAAGCAUAAAAUACAUAUAAACAAGUUAACUAUUUAAUAUUCUUACAUUCCCCUCUUUGAGCAAUAAAACAAUUGCUCAUCUUAUCGAUAAAAUCUUAUCAGGACAGAGAAACUUCCACAUGGUAUUUUCAGGGGUGCUAGUCACUCCCUGCGGGACUUUCAUUAAUUUCUUCACCUCGAUUCCCAUGUGGUAAUUCCUACGGCCCAGUUUAAAGAUGGGUUGAUACCCUCCAGUGGCAGAGAGGAGAAUUUCUAAUUGUUUCUGUUCUGCAUUAUGGAUUCAUUUCUGUACUCUCUUCCUCAAUGUACAAGUAAGGUGACAGUUAUAUAAAACCAUACACAAUAAAAUCAGGACUAUAAUAACAAAAUGAUAGAAGAAUGAUUUCAUUAUCUGGGAUCCAGUAGGGGACCAACCAGUAAAGCAUUGUACCAAUUAUGGGCUAAAUCAUUCUGAAUUUGUGAACUCACCUUAAGGAGUUCUCCUUUUAGGAUAUGUGUGGCUACCUGUGUAUGUUAUCUUUGGGAAAAAUAUAGUCCCCUGUGUAUGUGGGUGCCCACCAGGUUAAAUUCUUGGCAAAAAGAUCAUAAACUGGUACUGGUAAUGUGUUAAAUUGACAAGCUAAUUUAACAUCCUUUGAUGAUGUAUGAUAUAAUGUAAAAUAGCAUGAGCAUGAAAAAUGUGAAACAUUACCAGUUAACCAUUCAUUGCAUUUAGUGGAUUGGGGUUUUAGAAGUAACCAUUCAUUAUCUGUGAGAUUACACUUUCCACUAAUCUUCUCUAGUUUGGGAAUCAUUAGUGUGUUUUCUAAUGCCAAUCCUUGUUGUUGUAUCCAUAAAUACCUGAUGGCACAAGUACUCCAGUUACUUAGAUCUGUAGUGAAUUUCAUAGUUGCAACAGUUAAAUUAUCUAAAUAAUUAUACAUUGAUUUAUCUAAAUCCAAUCCUAUAACCUGUGAUUUAACAACAAUUGGAGCCCAAUUUGCAGUAGCAUGAAAACCAGUCCCUAUAUGCAUGCUGGCUGUGUUUAACUUAUUCUUGAGGGUCUCCAUAUCUAUAACUAUUUAGUAUACCCAUAGUGGUUCCAGCACCUCCUAACAGUGUGUCAUACCAUUCCCUUUUCUGCCUUUUGUUUGUUGUGUUACAUAAUGUUACAACAGGAGUAGUGAUUUUUAAUGACACAUGUACAGCUUGUAAGAAGGCAGUUGUAUUAAUAAAUGUGGACGGAAUAGGUGUGUGUGUGUGUGUGUCGUUGUUGACUUUUGGUUCUAUGGUAGAGGAUAAAGGACAGUAAUAAGGUGUAAAAAUAUAAGGUAGUGUAUAGUUCUCAAUUGUAGUGUUGUUCAUAAUGACUAACAUUUGUCCCCUUUUCCAAUUAAUGAUACCAGUUGUAUAAUCAUUAUUAAAAGUAAUAAGGCCUGUCUGUUUACAUUGAUAUGCAACCUUAACUGUGCACAUUUCUGCGUUAUAAGAUCUAACAAUUUUCUGUGAACCUUUAAACAAACAUAAUGCAUCGGUUUCAUUAGCUGUAGACACAUUUCAUAUGGGUAACUGGUACUUAUAAGGGUUACUAUUUGUCCAAUUCAUCCAAAUGCGUUCAGUGAAUGAAUGAUUGCAUAUUGCAUGCUGAUAGAAAGGUGGUGGAGAAAGGUUCUUGAGGGGGCGUGUGUGACGAAUGCUAGAUGAGGGGCUAAGGCCUAAUUGGGCUGGGGGUAUUGAAGAAUUGUUCAUCAUGUCAGAGUCUUUUUCCAGAACUUGCCAUUGACUUGUACUCAUAAUGGCAUUCAAGGAACAAUAUCAGAGGGAGUAUAACAACUCCAGAAAGCAUAGCGCACAACAUAAUCUUGGUCUCAGGUACGUAUGAUCCUCUCAAUCUACGAUAUGGUGUGAAAGCCAUGACGCUUCGCUGAGGAGAAAUUCUUCUGUUUCCGAGCGAGGAGUGGUGUUGUCUUCCUUGGUUCCCCUCCUUGGACACAGCUUCACUCGGGAUGCGUGAAUCCAGAUGUCAUGGGAUUCUGUGAGGACAGCGGUUCUGGUUACAGCAAUCACAGUAGCAGGUGGUCCAAAAGGGUAUCCUCCUUUCUUGGUCCUGUUCAACUGACGGAUAUACACCUUGUCACCGGGCUGGUAUGAAUGAGUAGGUUCCUGUGAAGGUAAGGGAAAACUGCGAAGAAACAUUGUCAUACAUACCAUUCGGUUUUAUCAACAAUUCACCUUGUGGGGAUUCAUUCUUAUCUCAGCUAAAAUAGCUGGUAGAUAUCUUGUCCAAUUUACCCAUGUUCCUGGGUAAAUUCUGGGCUUUUCCUUAAUAGUCCUAUUCAUCCUUUCAACUACCCCUGUAUUCUGUGGAUGAUAGGGUAUAUGAAACUGCCAGGUAACUUGCAAGAAUUUAGCAAGUUCCUGGGCAACCCUACUGGCAAAAACCGGGCCAUUAUCAGAGCCAAUCUGCAGAGGGCAGCCAUACCUGGGAAUAAUUUCAGUAACAAUAAACUUCACUAGCAUCUUCCCUAGAUGUCACAAAGGCCUCAUGCCAUCUACUAAACUGAUUAACUAUGACCAGUAAGUAUUGCUGUUUCUUACCAAUUUUGGAUACAUGAAUAAAAUCAAUCUGUAAGUGUGUAAAAAGAGCAGUGUUCACACGAUCUUACAAAAGACUGUACAUGCUGCCUGAGAUUCCUAAUAUAAAAUGAAUUCAUGAGGAAUUGAAUGGUGCUUGCUAUGUGCCUGACUGAUGAAAAUAAAUCAGCUUGCUUCAAGUAUGCCUAUUCUUCAAGUAUGCCUAUUCUCCCCUCUUUAGAGAACAGAUCAUUUUGAUCUUUCUCUAAACCUUGUUUAAUCCAAAAGACAGAUUCUGGGUAUUAAAAAAAAGAAUCUCAUAACCACUGAAGCGCUGGGCUGUCAUGUGUUGUGUGGUGAGAUUUGUCAUCAGCUGAGUGACCUGGUGACUGGCAUGAAGUAUUGUAGGAUGCCCUAGUGUGAUAGUAGUAGCAGUUUCAACAGCCAUUGCACAUGCUAUCAAUGCUCUGAGACACGCCGGCAUACCCUGUACCGGAGCUCGAACUACUUUGGAAAAGAAUGCUAUGGGACGCAUACCGCCUCCUUGCUCUUGUGCACAGACCGCGGCCAUGGUUUUACAAUUGUCCCAAGCAUACAAAUGAAAUGGUUUACAAUACACAGGUAGUCCUAAAGCCUGGGCUUGCACAAUAACAACUGUAAGGGCAAUAUAUGCAGCUAGCAUGUCUGGUGACCAGCAGACAUUUUCAGGGCUGUCAGAACGUACAGCCUCCCUUAGGAUUGAGUCAUAAUGGGAGCAUUCAGGGAUCCAUUGGUGGCAGUAAUUAAUCAUGCCGAGGAAGGUGAGCAACUCCUUCCGAGUAGUGGGUGUAGGAAUCCUCUGAAUGACCUCAAUACGUUUUGGACUCAAUUGUCUGGUGCCUAAAGCCAGAACAAAACCUAAGUAUUCAACCUUUGAUUUACACAAUUGCAUUUUGUGUUUAACAACCUUGUGACCUACAGUUGCUGACAGUAUCCACAGUGCUUGCCUCAUAGCUAGGGCUACAUAACAACAAAUCAUCAACAUUUUGCAAAAAGGACGGAACCAUGACCGGUGGUCCAUGUUUUUUAGAGUAUGUUGGAGUACCAACGAAUAAACAGCUGGGGAAUCCACAUAGCCUUGGGUAAGCGUGUCCAGGUAAACUGACAGCCUUCAAAAAGUAAAAACCAUAAGUAGCUGUGUCUCUUGAUCAAUAGGUAUAGAAAAAAAUGCAUUACUUAAAUCAAUGACAGUGAAGCAAGUGGCAUCAUGUGGAAUGGCUGUAAUGAGGGAUGUCACAUCAGGGACAAUGGGUGAAAUGGGCACAAUUAAACUAUUCAGGGCUCUAAAGUCCUGAACUAAGCGAUAUGCUGGCCAGUGGUGUUGGGAGUGGGUCUGGUGUUGUUCUUGCCUACCGGGCAUAUUUUGAGAAUUGUGGGGUUGUUGGGGUGUGUGGGGUUUCCUGGGGUGUGGACACUCAUUCCUCCAGUGGCCAUAUUGGCCACAGUUGAAACAAGUGUUCCUGUCUAUUCCUCCUUGGUUACCCCUGCCCCUAUAACCCUGAUUUCCCUGUCUCCAUCCCCUUGCCCCUCUUUGACCACCCCUUCCACGGGCUUUAUGUGCUCCAUCCCAUCCUCGCUCUCAGCCUGUGUAGCUGGACAUAAUAUGUUGCAAUCCCUGAGCAUAAUAAGCAACCUUACUUUCCUAAAUCUUUUCUUAAUUCAAAACAACCUGCAUUUUCCUUUUCUAUAACCUUGGUAAGAAAAUCUGAGCUAUCCAAAUUGGCCCAGUCUGAAAUCAAUUGUUUCACAAGCAAAUAAUACUGUGGCAACAUAUUACCAAGGCAUGACUGUAUUUUAAAGAGAUCUAUAUCAUCUCCAGACAUCAAACCUGCCUCAUCCUUCCAACACUUGUAAAAUUUCUUUACAAAAAUCAUAUUACCAAUCUCUUCCUUUGCAUCUUGCUUAUAUGCCAAAGCAGUGAAUAUAGACUGCUUAUUCUUCCAUAAUCCCAACAUUUCAGCUUCCACCUUGUUCCAGAUUUUAGCACAUCUUACUGAAGUACUAAGCUCAUAAUCACCAAUUCAUUUCAAACCAUAUAACUCAUACUCAGCAUCCAAUGUAAUAUUACACGUCAUCUCACAAAGCAAUAUCUUUGUAGAAACACAUAAUGGGUACCCAGCAGAUAUGCCAAUACAGAAAUCACAUUUAUGGGCACACAACUACACACUCUGUCUCCCUCCUAGGAAACACAGAUAGACACAAUAUAAAAGCAAUCUUAAACUAACACCUCCAAAUCUCCAACUAUUCUUGGCCAAAACGCUAGUAUUCAACAACUAAUAAAACAGUUAUUUGCUAGGUUAUUUGGCUGUCAUUCUUAUCAGUAUCACUAGACUGAAACAAACUGAUUCACAUAUAAUUUAAAACAAUACAGCAACAUAUAAAUUAAACCACUUUCAAGUUAAACUGCACACUUAUCACACAUUAUCACAAUCACCAUUUACACAGAAUAAACAGUUAACAGCUGUAUUCAGAACAUAUUAUUGGAAGGUAUACCAAUUUUAGUUUAGAUUUAUUUUAGGGAUUCUUAUGUGUACAUUUUCUUAAUUAACUUCAUUACUUUAAUCUACUAUAGUAUUGUAUUUAAAGAAAGGAUCCAUUUAUAUAGCGCGCUCAUAACUCAACUAUUUGUAUAAAACUACCAUUAACUAAUCUGAGAUGAUGCUGCAUCAACUUAAAUCUUAUAGAAAUUGAACAAACAUCUGGACCAGAUUAAACAGACAUGGUUUCACCUGAAUCUUUCAGAACUCUCAGAGACUUAAAAAAUUUAUACUAUACCAUGUUUUAAAGGCAUGGCAAACCUUUAGACCGGUCAGUCUCCAAGAGCCCUUAGUAACACAGGUAAAAACCUUUGUCCAUGAUGUCUGAUUCAGGCUAUAUACCACAAUUUAAAAAUAACACAUAAUGUGAGACAUAGAAGACACAAGCAGUAGUUAUUACACUGGAUCAUUUAAAAGGAACCUGUUGCAAUAAAAAGGUUAGUUUACAGUGCAAAAUAAAGCAUGUGUUGGACCGCUGAAAAUGUAAAUGUUGCUCUGUUAUUUUCAAACAUAAAUCAUAUUUAGUAUGGAUCCUUUGCAACAAACACACAGGGCAGGGAAGAUGUGCUGAUUGGUGUUUCUAUACAAUUAAUCCCAUAUGGGGAAUUAACUUUCAAAUACUAAUGAAGUGACUUUUUGUCUCAGUUAUAAAAUAUACUGAGCUCAUCAUGCAAACAAUGCAACACAUUUACACUAUCCCACUCUCAUAAUAAGUGUAGUGGGCUUAUAGUAUUUUUAAAGCAACAAUCAUUCCAGGCACACAGUUCCCAUGUGAAAUAACUUACAAUAAAACAGAGUAAUAAACUUAUACUUCUAUGCGACAGAAAGAAUAAAGCAAAAAGAUUUAAGUAGGUCUAUCAGGUACAACCUGUGAGUCAUUUCUUUUCUAAUAUACAGUACUGCUAUCUUGCAGAAAGAUAAGUCCUGCGCUCACUCCCAUCACUACUGGGCAGCAGCAAGGACUACAGUACACAUCAGCCCCAAUAUAUGGUAAAAACCAAAGAAAAACAAGUUACCUGCGUUCUCUCCUUAAUCCCUAUGUAUUUUUAAAACCUCCAUUUGUUUAAAAGUACUGCUAUCUUAUAUAUACACAUAUACAUAUACACACACAUAUAUACAUACAUAUACACAUAUAUACAUACACACACAUAUACAUGUACAUAUAUUGGUCACUCAGGACAUGAACUCACAUUUCCCAUACUGCUGAUUCAGAGUGGGGACACUACUAACUUACCAAAGUGUGUCCCCAAUAUAGACAAACAAUCACCCACAAAAAACACUUAAGACAAACAAAGGUGACCGGGAGAAAGAGAAGUUUGGGUUAUACUUAUAGAUCUACAAACCGUGCUGCUCAGAACACCUAUAGACUUAAUAAACCGGAGACCUCUUAUGGUCUCAAAAACCUGUAUCUACCUGAGAUACCCUGUAUCUAUCUUAGAUACUAACCUGGGUUACCAAAACCCUAUAAUAAACCGGAGACCUCUUAUGGUCUCAAAAACCUGUAUCUAUCUUAGAUACUAACCUGGGUUACCAAAACCCUAUAUAUAUUUAGACCAAAUGUCUAAUAAACCGGAGACCUCUUAUAGUCUCAAUAUAACUAGAGUCCUUACACCUUUCCUAUCUACUGGAUACAGUCUUACUGAACCAAAGGGGGGUCAUAGACAAUCAGCGUCAAAUAAGACACAAAAAGGCUACUCACCGCAAAUGGUUUUGCUGAUCCACUUCAUCUAUCCCACUUCUAGACACCAAGCUGAAAGGGUUAAUGUUGUAAUGGACUCUAAUCCCCUCGGUUCUCGAUCCCUCGGUCACCAUAAUCAAGUUGAUGGAGAAUCAUUUGUAAGCAAUAACACACGGACAACAGCUUUACAAGACUCUCAAAUGAGUGUAUUCCAGAGCUGGCUUUUAUACAUAGUUUGCUUACAUUAGCCAUGGUAUAUGCAAAUACAGUACAGACUAUAAGAUUUAUUACUUCCUUAUAUUACGUUAUUCUGACAAUGGAAAGAUAAGCUUUUGCAUACGUCUGGAAAAGAAUAUCCUUAAAAUCGGAAUGGGCAAGACAUCCUGAAAUUUAGCAUUGUCUUACAUCCUAUAGAAGAAAUACCUUAGUCUGUCACAGUCAGCAUAUUGACUUUAAGUAUUCAAUAUCCCUUCAGUCAGCAAUAAUCAUGUUAUAAACCUUAUAAAAGCAUAAAAUACAUAUAAACAAGUUAACUAUUUAAUAUUCUUACACUCUGUACCCGGACUUCUCUGAGUUGGGCAGGAAGGCCAAUCUGCAAGUCAUCCUAAUUGGUAUUUAGCAAACAAAUCCAAAAGACUGCACUAUUGUGUUUAUUCAAUAAACAGUGUAAUGUGGUGAAACAGAAUCACAAAAACUAGCAUCAAAUAGCCAGUUUGGAAGAGGAUCUUAAUUGGAGAAUUCUUUCAGCUCAGGUAUUUUGGUCUGUGUUUUGCAAUUCAUUUUUGAAAUGCACUGUUUAGUAAAUCAACCCUCAAGUCUCUAGUUUCCUGUUCUGUGUUGUAGUCAAAAGAUUACUAAAGGAACAUGCUAGUUUGGAGUCAGCCCCAUUUUUAUAUGCAAAAUACUAUAAAAAUGGUGAGAGCACACUAAAUAAUUUUAUAUAGCUAAUGCAUUAAAAAAUAUGGUUUAAAAAAAAAAAAAAAGGGAAUCCUUAGAUUCUCCAGUUGGCGUGGAGACACAGAGAAUAUACCUAGUUAUGUCUGUAAUGACUGCUGGAACCAGGAAGUGGCUGCGAUAUCACAGCCAAGCACUAGCACUGUGCAUGGGUGCAACGCCUUGUCAUAGCAAUCAAGUAUAAUAUUUCUGUUAAAAUAGCCCAACUUUGGCUACAUUUAAAUUGGAUACAUUUUUAAUUUUAAUUUGCCCUGUAUUUUGAAAAUCAUUUUGCAUUUUACUGGAAUGUAAUGUUUAUUAAAUAAACUAUUAUGAGUUUGAUAGUUGAGUUAAAGUACUUUAUUAACAGUGUCCCCUCUUCCACAAAAUAAAAAAAGCACUGAAUUCUGUAGACAUUGGCACUUUUAUAAAGGUGUUAAGUUUCACCCUCCAAGCAAUCAAUCAAAGAGCAGGGAAGGUGCUCUUCCUGAUGGCUUUGAGUCCCAGCACAAAGCGGAAAGCGAUGCUUCUAGCAGAGAUUACACACAAGCACACUGCCUCUCUAUGCUUCUCAAUGAGAAGCAUUCUGUUGUCCAGGAGAUCAGAACUGAUCUAUGGACAGGUGGAACAUUUUGCCUCUGGAUUAGAGGUAAAUUAACCCUUUAUUUUGCAGUUUUGAGAGGUGACUUCAAAUCUUGAGCAUUAUAUAUAAAUGCAUGUAUGGAGUGUUCCUUUAAAGAAGGCUCAUAAGUCCCCAAAAAAUCUAUAUAUAGAUCAGAUCCCUUUCUAUCCAUCUCACAGUUAUUUAUUGGUCUUUUUUUACACAAUAUAUAUAUUUUUUUUAACACUGACCAUUUAUAAAUAAGUCUAAUCAGCUUGUUACUACUUCUGUGGAUAAAAGAGUGACUAGUUUCAUAAUUAGUUUCAAUAUAUACACGAAAGCUUGUUUGUUGGAUUUCUAUAAUCAUUUUUGCUUCUGCUCACAUCGACUUUAAUCCUAAUAUUAUGUGGCUAGGUCUCUGGCUAGCGGGAUUCGCUGUAGGAUAUGUUGCUGUCAUGGAAACCAUCCCUGCGACCCACACAGCUGGUUACAGAGCGACUGGAAUUGUAUGUUGUGCUGUAACUUCAAAUCUAAUUCAAUUCCAAUUGCACAUAAAGGUUGAAGUACUUGAUGAGGGUCAGAGAAAGAAGAAUACCAGGCAAAAAUCAUCUUAAAGGAGAAAUGUCCAUCUACAAAGGGCAGUUAAACAUAUAAUUCAUUUAAAAAAAAAAAAAAGACUUGUUAUAAUUCUCUGUACAUUUCCACAUACAUUUUAUUCUAUUGAAUAAAUAAAUCUAUUGAAGGCACCCACAUGUUGGAUACAAUGUGUAGGUUAAAGUUAGUUAUAAAGAAAAUUCCAGUGAAAAAAAUUCUCUCUGGAAUAAUAGGUAGGAAGUCCCUUUAACCAUCAGAUGGAUAAUAUAAAAUAUACCUUUUAUUAGUUAAUUUAAAAAUAUGUAUGUAUUUUUCUCAUAUAUUUUUCACGGACUGAGAUACAAUAGUAAUACCAAGGGUUAAUUCGGUUUGUUUCCCUUAGGGGCUCUCCACCAAUCAUCAGGCACCACGGUCAUAGGGUGUGUGGCCAAUUCGUAUCCUGUUUGGGCGCGAAUGGUGUAACCACGCCCCCCCUACAGUGAUUGGCUAUGUGCAGCUUUAAAUUGUUACCGGAGAGCUGCGUCCGGUUGCCUUGCCUCAGACGAAGGCGCGUUAGCAGCGCCGAAACAUAUGUUAGGUAGUUCCAGGCGUCUCUAGACAGGCAGUUAGAGUUAGAGUCUCCAGAUCGCUCUCUCCAAAUGUUGGAUCGGACUAGUUCUUUACAAGUGCUAGAGUUGUUUUCAGUGGGGGGAACUAUCAGGAGUUUUGAGUUGAUUUCAAGUGGGAAUUGAAGGGGAUCUUUUGCUGCUGCUAUUACACCUUUAUUCUUGCUCCACUAUUUUGGGCUCGUGUUGAUUCAGAUAACCCAUUUAUAUCCAGCAAGCAUUGAAUGAUUUUUUGUAAUACCUCAGAAUUAGGACGACAGAUUGCCUAGGCACCUGCUAUACAUUUGUCCUUUUUACCCAAUUAUUACAGGAGAUCUCUCUCUCUUCCUUUAUUGUUACACUUUAGUUUUAUUUUUUGCUUGAUUACCAUGGUCCUUUUCUCUGAUUCAAACGGCCCAUGUUUAUCAUUCAAGCAUUGUCAACAUUUUGUAUCAAUUUACAACUAGGGAUAACUUAUAAUCAUUCAGUGUGAGCGACUCACAGUAUUGUUAGUUCGCUCACUUCAUUAAUAUCUCUCAUUCUCCCAGAGUGGGGACUCUAUGUUUCAUUGGUUGAUACUAUUUUGUUCUAUAUCAAUAGACUGAGUUAUCUCAUCUUUUCACAACCAGUGGACAUACUCACCAAUCUGCCUGUCUAUAUGUUUUAUUUUUCAUUUUUAUUCAUUCCUACAUACAUAUUUUUAAAUUAACUAAUAAAAGGUAUAUUUUAUAUUAUCCAUCUGAUGGUUAAAGGGACUUCCUACCUAUUAUUCCAGAGAGAAUUUUUUUCACUGGAAUUUUCUUUAUUCUCUACUUAAGUAAGGGUUAUCCCCUAUGAGGUUGUCCCUGACACAUUAACACUAUAGUCUCCCUAUUGGGAUACUAUUGUUUCUCUCUUUUUUCUAAAGUUAGUUAUAUCUAUUAUUUUUAUAUAUAUAUAUAUAUAUUUUUAAACAAAGAUUUAUUUACAUCACAUGCAGAUCAUCCUUUUUGCACAACCCUCCCAACCCACUUGUUAUGAAAAUAAAGCUCUGUGUAAUUAUUAUUAUUAUUAUUUUAUUAUUUAUAUAGCGCCAACAAAUUCCGUAGCGCUGUACAAUGGGUAAUAUACUGCAAAGGUGUCUGGGAGUUGCAGUUUACUUGUGAGUGUUCUACGAUUAAAAACAGACUGUUGAACUAUACGCCCUAGAAUCCUCUGCUGUACCCAUAGAUGAGGGACAUGCUUCUUACUAUAUAAGUAAGUAUAUACUUGUGGCGAAAGGGACCUCGCCACUGUUUUUUGGAGGGGAUUGAUUGCCAGCCUCAUGCCUUGGGACUAUGGCCCCUGGGAGAUUGGGCACUUUAAAAACAGCAUUUGGGGCUUAUGGACUUCUAUUGGACUAUGUAUGGCCCUUGUUAAACUUAAACCCCAUGGCGAUUUUAUUCUGUUCGUGGGAUCUGAGUGCUGUUUGGAUAUAUUGAGCGCUCAGAUCCAAGCUAUCUGGGAAUAGGUUGAAUGUGGGGGUUCUGUUCAGUAUGAUGGGAAUUAUGUAUUUUUAUGUGUUUUUACUGUUGUAAAUGCAGAUAUUUUCUGUAUGCUGGCGAUAAUUGGCUUACCACACCCAAGCCAUGCUUGCAGUUGGUCAAAAAGGGAUUUCCAACUAACUUUUGAACCACUGGACCAAUUUGUAUGAUUUUGACAUAUGUUUGUAUUUGGAGUAUGCUGAUUCUAAAAAUUUAAGUUAUACGUGAAUGUAAUGUAUAUUUUUAAAGUUACAGUGUAUGUGUAAAAACUGUAUUUCUCUGCCUGUGAUAAUUACAUUAACCCAAUGUAUAAGGCAGAGGGGAGGAUUUUGUGUGGGAGUGUCUGUGUGUUGUACUUCAAAACCCUGUGGGCGGUACUAUGGUUGUAGAAUGGGCGUAAAAGCAGAGUGUUUGAAUAAAUGUUCAGUUCUACUUCACCCUCAAUUUGGAGUGCCGUCUCUUAUUGGGGGAAUCUACUACAAGGGAUUGCUAUGCCAGUCAUACUCUCUUGCUAUAUCACAACUAAGCUCUUGUAAGAGCUUGUUCCUGCUUUGCUCUGAAGAAAGAGAGGUAAGGCCUGCGGUGGUUGUGGUGUCUGUUAGAGUGCUUGGAGCCCUCAGGAAGCGCUAGGAACAUCCUUCAACGGAGGUACCCAGUCGGGGUGCCAGGUGAUCCGUUAGAAUACCCCUCUGUUCCCGUGUGUCCAACUUGUCUGGUUACAACUACAUGUCUGUUCGUCCACCCAUUGUAAAUCGCUGCGGAAUUUGAUGGCGCUAUAUAAAUAACAUAAUAAUAAUAAUAAUAAUAUAAAUUUAAAGAAAGUUCACUGUUGACUGAGCACCUCCUGGUUUGAGCAGAAUUUGCAAAGCCUGGUGUUUUUAUAGCAAAUUCAGAAAAGUUAAAAAUUUUUUUUUUUUAUUUCAUUUUAUUUUUUUUGAGACAUUUUGCCUGAAAGUUUUAUUUCAAUGCUUUGUCUAUAUAAUGCAUUACAAAGAAUGACACAACUCCUGCCUGAACUGCUCGUUUAAAUGUACACUUUAUUCAGUAACACAACUUGUAUGCAUUUUUUUUUAGUUUUUGCCCUAUUUGUUUGUGUUUUUUGUAUGACUAAUUUUGUAUAUUUAAAAAAAAAAAUAAGUUUUGCAGUAUUCUGUAUCUUAACCCUGCUUCUUAUGUCCCAUCUUCCUAUUCGAAAAUACUUCAUUCUUGCGAGUUACUAUACCGAGCAUCAUAAAUCCUAUAUUUUCCAUUCCUCCCUUCUAACCUGCAAUGUUUACAAUAACACACAUGAACAUAUCAUCUGGAAGCACAGCAAACGGUUUCGGGAGUUGUGACUAAUAAGUGAAGCCUUUAAAACCCCAACUAAGGCUGUACACAGAGAACUUUGAAAUCUGCUAGUCAAACGCUUUCUCCGUACACACCACACAGACAGUUUGGUAGAGAAAUGAGAGACACAAGUGCAAAUUGUCUUUGUGGGUAGGAUAGUGACUCAAACUUCUAUUCUCAAUAGAGUUGAACAAAGCUUUUAAGAGUAAAGAAAUUGAAAAGGGUUGAUGUAAAUGUAACUAAAUAUAAGUAUCUCAAUGCAAAGUUUUUAUAACUAGCUAAUUGCUUUAACCCCUGUACCUCCUAUUCUGUGAAGUUACAGGGAGAAUGUUGCUUCUUCCUGACUGAACAAGAUCUAGUAUUGUAUAUUGCACAUGCCACACAACGUAAUUAAUUUACACAGGCUCUCAAAAAAAAAAAUGGAGAACGUUUUUAUAAAAGGUGUAUGCACAUAUUUGGUUGUGAGUAGAUUCUUUCAUGCAGAGAUAUGACUGAAGUCACUGGGCAGGGUAAUAGCAGCUACAUGAUUGGUUUAAAUGAGAUGCAGGAGUUUAUUGGAGGUAUACCACUCUAUAAUUGAUUGCAGGAGACAGAUAUGUGAAUCGAUUGUUCCUUUUUUUUUUUUUUUUUUGCAUAAUAAAAGCUUGUUUCCAUCUUGGAUUAUCACUAGAUAUCAUGAGACCUGUGGAACCUGUGCAUCUCAAUGGAUUGGAGGGUUAAGAUUGAUAUUAAAUAAGUAAUACUAAGUGUAUGUUAUUUUGGAUUUUGUUUCGCACAAUGCUAUGUUUGCAGCUGAUAAAUUAAUUCCGUAAUAAAAUAUCAAUUAAAGAAUGCUGAGAAGUAAAUUAAACCACAAUCUAGUUGCAUUUAUUUAUUAUUAUUAUUCUUUAUAUUGCUUACACCAUUUUUGUCAAUGCUGUCUUUUCUUUCGUCUUUUAGAGAGAAGCCAUAUGAAUUUCUGAGUAAUACUCAGAAAACCACAAGUAGCCACAAUCUUAGUUUCCAGGGGCUUGCAAACCACCGCAGACCUCACGCAAGCAACAGAGGACAAUCAUUUCAUGGUGAAACAAAUGGUAGGAAUCAAGUGAUGAUUGAUUGAUUUUUUUUUUUUUUUUUAAAUGUAUAUUUUUAUUUUGUUUUAGGAAAAGAAAAAAUUAUACUCCAAAUUUUAAUGUAAAUGAAGAAAGUCAGGUCAAGGCACUCAGGAUAUUGCAAAAAGCAAUGACGAAGGCCAGUGGCGUACAUACCAGGGUCGCGGCUGCGACUGGGCCCGGCCCACCAGGGGGCCGGCCGCCCCUGUGACCCGGUAUGUAGCCACAGGGCCAGCCUCUUCCCCUGGGGGGCCCGAGGGAGCACUCAGUGCUUCCUCUUCAGCUCCCUCGCGCACCGCACUGAUGCCGGAGCCAUCUUCCGGCGCCGGCAUCCCUACGUGGCGCGCAAGGGAGCUGAAGAGGAAGCACACAGGGGAAAGUGCUCCCUCGCGCGCCGGCCGCCCAGACAGCCCGCCUACCCACCCAGUGACCGGCCACCCAGACAGCCCGUCCACCCACCCAGUGACCGGCCGCCCAGGAGCCCAGCAGCACCACCACUGGACCCCAGGGAAUCCCCCCAGCACUCCAAAAGGUAAGGAGGCUGGGGGGAUUAAAUUUGAAAAAAAAAAAUGUUUGUGUGUGUGUGUAUGUGUGUGUGUGUGUGUUAGUGUGUGUGUGUCUCAGUGUUUGUUUGUGUUAGUGUAUGUGUCUGUUAUUGGGUGUGUGUCUGCUAGUGAGUGUGUUACUGUGUGUGUCUGUUACUGUGUGUGUUUGAUGUCUGUUAGUGAGUGUGUAUUUGUCAGUGAAAGUGUAUGUUUUGUGAGUGUGUAUGUAUGUCUGUCGCUGAGUGUGUCUCUGUCAGUAAAUGUGUGUGUCUGUUAGCUAGUGUGUAUGCGUCUGUUUGUGAGAGUGUGUGUGUGUGUGUGUCUUCAGCAUUUACCUUUCUCCAGCGUCGGACUCCCCAGUGUCCGCCUCUCAGCUCCGAAAUGCACAUGCGCGGCAAGAGGUGCGCGCGCAUUUAAACCGCCCAUAGGAAAGCAUUACUCAAUGCUUUCCUAUGGACGUUCAGUGUCUUCUCACUGUGAUUUUCACAGUGAGAAUCGCGGAAACUCCUCUAGCAGCUGUCAAUGAGACAGCCACCAGAGGCUGGAUUAACCCUCAGUGAAACAUAGCCGUUUCUCUGAAACUGCUAUGUUUUCAGCUGCAGGGUUAAAACUAGAGGGACCUGGCACCCAGACCACUUCAUUGAGCUGAUGUGAUCUGGGUGUCUGUAGUGGUCCUUUAAGUGUGUGUGCAUACCGCGGUCGCAGCCCUGCAACCUCUGCGACCAGGUGCCCGCCACCAUGUGUUGCGACCCCGACCCGCGCCGAGUAAGCGCGCGGGGGGGGGGGCCACGGAUCAAUUUUUGCACCGGGGCCCCAUGGGUCAUGUGUACGCCACUGACGAAGGCCUCAUUGCAGGUCAAAAUGUUGCUCCUUUGUUACAAAACUCUGCUUUUUGCAAUAUCCUGAGUGCCUGGACCUGACUCUCCAUAUCUGCUAAAUUGGGAUUUUCCAACACUGGAUCCGGAGCACCUGGAUUGUAUGCGAGAGUGCAGGAAUCUUUUUGUGUAUACUCCAAAAACGUAAUGUGACAUAAUGAGGCACUAUAUGAGUGUUGUUUUUUUCUCUGUGGUUUGAAGUAAGAAAUAUAUAUCCUUUCUAAGAAACUCUACGGACUGCUUGUAAUAAAACAGUUACUCACAAUACUGGCGAUAGAAGGCUGGCAGACUUUAUGAUUAAUAGCUGCGAGGACUGGCCAAACUAUUUGCUGUUUUUCAUUAAAUGCACCUAUGGUCUAAUCAGCUGUAUGUUGGCAUCGUGUAACAAAAAUGACUUGUAUCUUCACGGAUACUCAUUUAUAAUGUAACUGAAGAUGACAUGAAAGCAGCUUUGCCACUUCUGAGUUUUUUAGAAUCAUAUCUUUAUGAAACACUUAUGUAUCCUAUGUUGGAAUUUACUCAAAUUUAAUUGCUGUCAAAAGGCACAUAGCAUACAAUAUAAUAUGGAGGCUAUUUUUCCAUACCUACGCAGUAUUAGUAACAGGCAGAGCUUGGUGGUUGAAGUAACCCUUUAGUAAGUAAAUGAUGAAAUUAGGUUUACUAACUUUUCAAAAUUGAUCAACAGGUUGAAUGCAGUGCUAAUGCUCACGUGGAGGAAGAGUAUUUUUCAUAUUGAUUUUACAAUUAGAUGUUAAUGGGAAGAAGGUUGUGCUCUAUUGUGUUUUUGUUUUUUUAGAAUUCUCUCAUGAGGUUUAUACAUUAUGUUUGGGAUUUUUUUUUUGUGUCUAUUGGCCACAUUUGUUCUUUUAUGAGAGUGGAUGACGGUUAAGUAACAUGUCAUCUCAAAAAUCGCUUUAAUUUGUAACGUGUGUUAAAUAUUUUGUGUCUCUGUCAGUCCUAGGCCGCACAUUGUCACAAUACACCAAAGAAAAUCCAAGCAUUGAUGACCUAGAAGAUAAUUUAAGAAAACUCAAAGUCCAAGUGGAUAGUUUGGCCUCGAGUCUUAAUGUGGACUAUGAGAAAGAACCAAUGUCUAAUGAAUCUAUAGAUUCACACAUUCCUCAGUGGCCAACACAUAUGAAUGGAACAUUGUAUAAAAAAUAUGAAAGAACAACAAAGACCGCACCAGACUAUGAAUUGUUUUUAAAGUCAAGGCAUUUAGAGAACUCUACUGAAAAUUAUUCUACAAUGCAGAACUCAGGGUUACCCAUAUUUUCAAGAUCAUCCCUUUAUCGUCCACCUGGAAUUCUGACUAGCACAAUCUCAAGUACAGAUUCCAGCUCUCCUUCAGUAAACCCACUAGAUACUACAUAUGGUGAAUCCUAUCCUGUUAAGCUUGGAGCACCUCAUGUGAUUGGAGUCAAAUCUUUAUUGCCUCCCAAAAUCCCUGUACGUUCUCGAUCUCCAAACAGAACAAGGGUUUCCGUAAUGAGAGGGAGAUCUCAAUCCCUUGACCGUUCUCACUCGUUUUCUCCUGCUUCAAAAAAAACCCGUUGGUUAAGGUCUCGCUCACAAUCACCAAAGCCCAUAUGGAGGCCAAACUCUGCAAAAGCUAAUGCUUGUAGCCAACAACCACCAAGACUUCGAUCCAGUGGCAAGACAUCUUCCUCCAACCGGCAAUCACGGUCACGGUCUUACAGACCUGGUGCAUUAGUCACAAGGUCCUUCACACCACCAAGAAAGACUAGAAGCAGCCUCAGUUACUCAUGGAGUCCCUACAGCAUACCUUCAGCUGCAAUAACAGCACCAAGUGUCGAGGAGAUUAGUGAAAGGUAAAUAGUUUACUAGAUUUAAAUGAAUUAUCGUGUACUCUUUCAACAAGUUGUUACAUUGCAUUUUGCCUUAUUGUGUGAAAAACUAAAUCUUUUAAAUAUGAUUAUGCAUAUCGCUGAAUAUUAUUACAUGUAAAGCAUUGGAUCUAACUAAAAUAUUGUUACUUUAGCUGCAAUAAAGAGAUCUAAAAAUUUUUUAUGUAGAAUGUAUGAAAGUGUUAUUUAAAAAGACAGCAAGUUCCAUUUUUAAUUUUAAAUAAAUAGAAUAAAAAUACACCUCUACUUGUCCCUUGUGGACGCCACCAUCUUCUCCCAGCAUGUCUUCUUCAGCUUCUGGCGCUCACUGCUAAUAGCUGACUGCAUUGAGGUCUACGGAGGAUCCUGCAAAAACCAAUUCUUUUCAGCUAGUUAUCGCUGGGGGGGACUGACACUUCAGUCUACUACUACUGAGACAAAGUAGUCCCUACAUUUGCAGACUCCUUUGUAAUAUUUCCAGUUUGCAAUCUCUCUUGGAAGGCAGAGCUGGAUCAUUGCUAUGAUGUUCAAUAGCUUGGGAUGGCUUUCAUAUAGUUAUAAUAAAAAUAUCCACUACACUCAAUUCUACCCCUUUAAACAUUGGGAAUAGCAGGGGGUGCAAACUAAGCCUUUAAACAAAAUUGGAAUAUAAUACCUUAUGUAUGUAUAUCAGUGAAACUUAUUUAUGUAGCACCAACUUAUUCUGCAUUGCUGUACAAAAGGUAAACAAGAAUAAAAAUACUUCUAAUAAAACAUGAUUGACAUACUGGAAUAGUAGCUGAAGAUGGCAUUACAAGAGAACAUUUGUUCUGUCUAUUAGAUUCUUGAAGACAUUGACAGAAAGAGAUGCUGGAGUGUCUUUGGUAGAAACCUCUCCCUACCAGCAGGAAUUGGCACGGCUCAGACUGGAGCGGCUUCGGGUGGAAGAGGACUUGCUAUUGGAAAUUAAAAGACAACAAGAAUUGGAAAGAACCAGAGGGCCUAAACCUAAAUGGUGAGAAUGUCCCUUUAAUCAAUAUUUAAUGCCAGUGACAUGUUUUCAAGUAACUAUUAUCUGCACUGUUUUGAAAUUAGGUGUUAAGAUGGGGUCUUCCAACGACAAGAAAUGUGUUAUGUCUGCAGCCAAUAUUGAAAGGGGACAACCUUGACUAUUACAUUAGGUAGAAGGGAAAGGGCAGCUCUGACCGGGAAACCAAGUGGGAGGAGGCGGAUGUUUUAAUGAUUAUUUUAGGGAGAGAAAUGCCACUUUACUCAUUUAAAUUUAAAUUUACUGUUUUGAAAACCCAGUGAUACUUUUUGAAACCAAGACUCAAUGGGAUAAACGGCCAGAUCCCAGGUUUGAUUACACAUUGAAUCCACAGUCUCUGGAGUAAAUAUAUUUUUUUAUUUAAUACACUGUAGGUGACAUUUACUCCUAAAUAUAUUAAAUAUACAGAGUUUUUAUUUUUUUAUUUUACAGGUAUGAGAUGAAAAACUCUCAAUUCCAUUAUGAAGCUCGUAAAAACAAUGAAUUGCUGAAGAGCAGCAAUGAUUAUCAGGCAAUCUAUGAUUAUCGUCAAGAUUUGACUACAGCAUCGAGAGACUUUCAGGAAAACCUCAAGGUCACCCAUUUGGAGCCAGUAUAAAUGGACAAGGCCCACAGUCUACUGACAAACCCUGACUUGCAAGUUGAUCUUGGUAGGAUGCUUUGAUGUUGGAACCCUGCUGAGUUCAAAAGCUGCUCUAGCAGCUAAACUUAGCAGUAACAUUUCACUUCAAAGAAUUCAGCCAAUGAAUACUCACACUGGCAACAGGGGUGGUCUGGUAAGGGUUGGAAGGUGUUUGGUUAUUCCUAGACUGCACUAAUUUGUAGAAUCACAUAAUUUCUUUUAUUGUGCUACUUAUGUUUACUUUGAAACCUGCAUUUCCGCAUAUAACCUUUAGGUAAUAUGAGGCAUUUAAUGAUAAGAUCGUUUUUAUAAUUUAUCGUGCAUACAUUUUAUUUAGCCUGUUUUAAUGAAUUUUAGUGGUGUUUAUUUAUUAAGUUUGUCAAACUAUGUUCCAUCUAACUCUGCAACAAAAAUCAUGUUAGAUUUCCAUGUCUGCAAAAUUACUUCUUGUGUUUUUUUCUGUGUGUAUGUGUGUGUGUGUGUAGAAUGGAGUACAUGUCCAGCCUUGGCCUUUAGUAUGUUGUUGCCCCACAACCCCCAAAAUUCCCUUCUAGCCUUGCAGAAAACAGUGGGAGCUAGAGUGCAACAACAUUUGAAGAACUUAGGCUAGAUCCUAUUUAAUGUAGAAUGAUGAUUAAUAUAUAUAAAUACAUGAAAUAAUAAAAUGUUAAUAGAUUGGUGUUUACAAUAAAAAGUAAAAAAAUAAUAAAAAAAAAGUCAAUGCUGUAUCCUCACAUCCAAGAGACACAGAUCAGGGUUUAUGCUUGCGGUGUAACGUUUCUCAGGGUGUUCAUGCUAUAAUCUGAUUUGUAUCGCAUAAUAAUAUAGACGGGCUUAUUCACUAAAGUGUGGAAUUGUCAGGAAUUCAGAGUUCAUUUCAAAAUUUUUAAAACUUGGGAUUUACUUUGAAUUCCAGAUUUCAAACGCUAGUGAAAUAGACCUGAUACCUUUUAAGAUACAGGCUGUUAUUGUCUUAACACAUGUUUUAUUAACUGGGGAUUUAUUUCCUGAACAUAACUUGGCGAAGCCAAACUUGAUCAUAAAACUGACUUAGCCAUUUCCAACAUUGUCAAAAGAUGGAUGGUACCCAGUUUUCGGUUAUCUAGCAGAAUAAUCUUUUUCAAUGGAAUACUUUUAAAUGUUAAAAUUGUGGAGAGUGUAUACUUUUAAUUAAAAAAAAAAAUAUAUAUAUAUUAUUCUUUUGUGAAUAUGCCUUUUCUGUGUAAUCCUAUAUUAAUUGACAUAACAUCAGAUUGUAUAUUCUGUAAUAGAGGCCAGAUCUAAUACGGUUAUUGUAUGGUCACUGGUAUCUUUCCUUUAAUGAAUAUCCUAUAUUGUCAGAAAUGUUCUAUGUACACUUCAUAUUACACUUUUUAAAAUCACAUUUCUCAAGUGAAUCCUUUUUAACACCUGUGCAGCAGCUUUGAGUAUUUUGUGUUUAAAGGGACUUUUUAGGCACCAUAACCACUAACAGCCGGUUGUAGUGGUUUUGGUGCUAGCAUGCUACCACUGCUGAUCCCAGUUUUAAUACCAGGCUUAACCCCUCUCCUCCCUCCUAAUGUAUCUCAAAAGCAGAAAUCCUGUACUUUAUAAGAACAAUAAAGGUUUCGCUAAAGGUUUUUAAUGAAUGGUUGUAGCCAUUAUUUAGUUCUGUCCUAAGUAUCUGCAG